UGAGGGAGAGAAAAAGGUUUUUUUGUCCCACUAGCAAUGGCGGAGGAGAGAAGAGUCCCAUCAUCGGUGUCGGUCACAGUCGCCCACGACCUUCUUCUAGCCGGCCACCGCUAUUUGGACGUCAGGACUCCAGAAGAGUUCAGCCAGGGACAUGCCUGUGGGGCGAUCAACGUUCCUUACAUGAAGCGAGGAGCAUCAGGGAUGUCAAAGAACCCCGACUUCCUGGAACAAGUCUCCUCCCAUUUCAGACAAUCCGACGACAUCAUUGUUGGCUGCCUGAGCGGGGGUAGAUCUUUCAAAGCCACCGCCGAUCUUCUCGAUGCAGGUUUCACGGCGGUCAAAGAUAUCUCCGGUGGCUAUACUGCCUGGGACCAGAAUGGUCUUCCUACACAAGACUGACUGAUGGCCAGUCACCACCACCAUCAUCUUUAAACCAAUAAUGUCCUUAUUUUAUUUCUUAUCUUCUGCUUCCUUUAUCUGAUACCUUGGAGAGGGGCCUGCCUUAUCAUCUGUUGUUCCCACGACUCUUAUUAUAUAUAAGAAAUGGUUGUGUUGAUUGCAUCGAAA